AGUGGCUCGGUUGCCUGGCGGUGACACAGGCGGGAAGGAAGCGGAAGUAUGGCGGCGCCGGCGGAAGCGAUCUUCUCCGAUCCGCUGCUCCAAACGACAAAUUACGAAGGUCCAGGUUUGUUAGACCUUUCGAAUCAGGGUCUCCACAGACUGGAUCCGCAGUGGUUCAGUCCCGGGGAGCUACACACGCUGAUUCUGGACCAGAACCAGAUCAUCAAGCUGGAGCACCUGGAGCGUAACGAAGCUCUGCAGCAGCUGUCUGUGGCCUGUAAUCGUCUGGUGCGCAUGAUGGGCGUCUCAAAGCUGACUCAUUUACGAACCCUGAACCUCCCCAACAACAGCAUCGGCUACAUCGAGGGCCUGAAGGACCUGCUUCGUCUGGAGAGCCUCAAUCUGGCUGGAAACAACAUCAAGGUCACCGAGCAGCUCAACAACUGCGUUUCCCUGCAGCAUCUUGAUCUGUCAGACAAUAAUAUUUCUCACAUAGGAGACCUCACCAAGCUCUCAGUGUUAAAGACUCUUCUUCUGCAUGGAAACAUCAUCACGACGCUGCGCACCGCUCCUGCUCACCUGCCAGCGACCCUCACUGUCCUGUCGCUCGCAGAGAAUGAGAUCAGAGACCUGAGCGAGGUGUCGUAUCUAGCACCGUUACACGGCCUGGAGCAGCUGUGCGUCAUGAGUAACCCGUGUGUCACGGCUCUGCCCCGCUGCGAUUAUCGCCCGUAUGUCGUCAGCUGGUGUCUCAGUCUCAAGGUGCUGGAUGGAUAUGUGGUUUCACAAAAAGAGGGACAGCAUCAGAAACAGCUGCAGCAAACACGUCACUGCUGCUCGAGUCCGUCUCGCCCCACGCAUCUCAACGUUCACAAGAACACAGACGUGGAUGUCAUCGCUCAGGCAGAUGUGGAUCCAGGAGUUCAGGUAAACGCGUGGAUGAGCUCUGUGUCUUCAGCCAUGAUCGCUGCGGCUCGUCUGCCGCCCGCCGCUGAAGACGGGAUGAUUCUGGAGGAUGUGCAGACCGAUGAGGAGAAGCUUCAUGGCAGUCUGCUGUCCUCUGAGUCUGCUUUCUUGCCCUUUAACCCUGCUGUUCAUCCAGCUUCAGCUCCUGACAGCGGGGAGGAGGAGUUUGAUGAUUCUCUGGCUCCUCCCACAUCAAUACAGCCCCGCCCAUCGGAGGAGGAGUCAGUGGGCGGAGCCGUCCUCAGCUCUCUGACGCACGGAUCGGAUCAUGCGGAGCGGACUGACAGAAGUGGUGAUGCUGUGCUACAGAACGGUUCUGCGGAGGACUCAGACUGGACUGGGACGCAGAAAGCUGCUGCGCUGCAGUGUGAACCGAGCGAAGCAGCUGUCAGGAUCCAGUCGUGGUGGAGGGGUCACUGGACGCGGCUCUGCCACCCACAGGCCAAAGAAGUGCGUGCUGAGAUCCGCUCGCGAAGGAUGCAGGAUCACAUCGUCCACCUGACCGCGGAGCUGGAGAGGGUGCGCAAGCAGCAAGAAGAAGAGCGACUGCAGAGACGUGUUCAAGAAGAAGCUGUUAAGUUCCUGUGGAAGCAGCUUCAGGUGAUGCUGGAGUGGCAGUCGUCUGUGAAGGAGCGGCUCAGUGUGGCACAGAGUUCAGCGUCAGAUCCCAGCAUUCCCGCAGAGACUCCUGUCCGCACGGAGAUCUCCAUCCCGGAGUCUGGCUCUCAUUCCCCGGGAGAGCGAGCAGCGGGGGACAGUGUGCUGGAGCAGACGACAGAACAGCAACACCUCCAGAUCCAUCCCAUCUCUCUCCUCAUGGGAAAGAAGAGUGCUUGUCCUGACCGGAGUGGAAGCAGACGUCGCGCUGCUGAAAGUGUUUAGGAAUCACAGGACUCUGCCGGACUCGUGUGCCCUGCCUCCGGCUCUUCUUGAAGAUCAGACACUGUUUUAAUCACUGGCCUUCAGCAGACUCGUAGCCUUUAUCUCCAUGCUGUCAGCAGUCAGACACGGAGUGAAGAAGCUCGUGUUUAACUGCACAGUGCUGCCUUUGGGCUUUCUAACACUGCUGGAUAUCAGCAGACAGAUUUCUGUCUUUACACACCCAGGGAGCCAGGCUCUUUCAGUGCACUUAGCAGUAGACUUGUUUCCUUUGGAACGACACGACCAGACGUAGCCUUGAACUGUGGAGGAGCACGUAUGUAUGUAUGUAUGUGAAAUUAAUGUGAAUUGAUUUGAUAGUCUGCUGCAGUUCAAAGCUACUGAGAGCUGUAAAUAUUUCUGUGUGUGCGUCUGGAUAUUUACAGUUUGUGCUGCAACUAGUGUUCAGUGUGGCAUAUGCAAGUUUUUAUUUAUUUUACA